UCAACAAUGGUUAAACAAGAAAAGGGCCUGUUGUUCGUGGACGAAGAAGACGAGCGUGUCUAUGAUAAGGAAGAAUCUCCUUACUACCAAGAAGAUGAACAAGAAGAGAUACCUGAUGACCCAAUCAUAGAUAGCAUUCCACUCGUCAUGAAUACUCUUUCCUCCAGAUCAACACAAUCAUUACAUGUCUUACAAUAUCCAGGAAGGCCGAAAACUCGUCCGUUAGAUCAAGAAGAGUAUAGAGCCGCCGUGAAAGAAGAAUCAAACUACUUGGAAGUCAGAUUGCCAUUGGACACCAACAAGUUCUUCAAUGCCAACAAGGUCGAGGAGUGGGGUGAAACCAUCGGAGAACAAACCCUCAAUGGUGUGUUGGAUAAGACGGAUGGAGGCUACUACGUUGGCCAGAUAGUCAAGGAUGGCGAUUCCAGAAAGAUCGUAUUAGUUCCUGUCGACAGUACUACCCAGUUAAGACCUUCAUUCAAAUACAUAGACGACAUAGAUCAGAUGGCUCAAACACAGAGAAGGGCUGAAGCUUCGGAGGCUAACAAGAACACGAAUUUCCAGAUCUUGCAGAGUUCAGCCAAGUCCAGCUCACAGAUCACCAAUACCGAAGGCUUUGGAAAUGCGUUGGGAGAAUCGUUGAGACAUGUAAAGAAGUUCGACGAGGAAGAAUGGUCACAUUUGAAAUGGACGCCAACACAGGAUGAGCUUGCACAAACCACCAAGGAACAGUUGAGAAAUGGUGGUGACGGCGUCGAGCUUACUACCGCCACAACUUUCGGGGACUACAUCAACGAGUUGACAAGGGCGUAGCACGACAGGGCCAUGUAAUUACAUAAGUCACGAAACUCAAUACAACGACAGCAACGGACCAGAGUAGCUCUGCCAACUGGAGCAGACGUGGGAUAGGCCAAUUACGUAAUCUAUUAGUAAUACAGAUACUUCUCUAGCCCACCACGGUUUAGCUAGACCGCAUUAUGGGUCU